AUGAUGCAUAAAGAUACAGAUCAGUUACUGCGAUCAAUGUCAUCAGUACAUCCGAUCAGCGAUGGCAUUCCUUCACAGCAACGGCCUCUUACCUAUCGGUGGUUUCCGUCGUGGAGAUUCAUGACAUCUAUCAUGUUAUGCUUCUGUUUCGGAUGCGUCCAUCUGAUGAACAGCAACAUGGGAAUGGCCAUCGUCUGCAUGGUCAAUUCCUCGGUCACCUAUGACAACGAGACGUAUCCCGAAAACGCGGCACCUCUUCUAGAUUGGUCUUCUGAUGAACAGGGAUACAUCUUCUCUGCCUUCAACGCAGGUCUCCUAGUAAUGUUGUUCACUGGUGGCAUGGCUGAUAAAUUCAAUGCCAAAUACAUGAUCCUUGUCAGUGUUGCCAUUGCAUCUCUUGCCAAUUUGACACUUCCAUUUAUGGCACCAAUCAGCGUUUACUGGGCGAUUUUCAGUCGGUUUUUGGUUGGAUUCGCUGAUGCUCUCUUGCAACCAGCUAUGAACUCUUUGAUCACCAGAUGGUUCCCAACAUCCGAGAGAAGUUAUGCUUUAGGAUUGGCUACUGGUGGAAGACAAAUCGGAACCCUCAUUAUCAUCCCAGCAGCAGGAGCCCUUUGCUCUCAAACUGAAAUCUUCGGUGGAUGGCCAUCAAUCUUCUACCUCUCCGGAUUCAUUGGAAUUAUCUUCAUCUUCUCCUACAUCUUCCUCGGCGCCGACAAGCCAUCCAAACAAACUUGCAUUACUGAUAACGAAUUGAAAUUUAUCACUAUCUCCAACCAAUCCGAAGAUGUUGGAAAGAAGAGAACCGAGAGAAAGGUCCCAUGGAAGAACAUUCUCACUUCUGGAGCUGUCUGGGCUUCCGUUAUCUCUCUGGUCUGCCACGAGUUCCCACUGAUGACCUUGAUCAUGUUCUUGCCAUCCUAUCUCCAUGAUGUUCAUCACUAUCAUUCCACAGAGAACGGUAUCCUCUCUGCUCUCCCAACUGUCUCCCUUUGGUUCGCUAAAAUUGGAUCUUCCUACUUGAACACGUGGCUUCAAAAGAACACCAGCUGGAAGAAGGACACCAUCUGCAAAGUUCUCAACUCAAUUGGAUCCAUUGGAUUGGGAGUUUUCCUCUUAGCUGCUACCUUCCUCGAUAAGUCUCAUGCUUGGAUGGCUGUUCUGUUCCUCUGCCUUUCCAUGGCUUCCGCUGGACUCCACACCCCUGGAUGUCAGCUUGCUCUUGUUUCCGUGGCUCCUGCUUACUCUGGAGCUGUCACUGGAUUCACGUUCUUCUUCGUUGCUGUUUCCGGAAUCAUUCAUCCAAUCAUCACCAAGAUGAUUGUUAAGGAUCGCACCGCUGCCGAGUGGAACUUGGUUUUCUAUAUUUCAACCGUUAUUGCCAUCUUCCCAAUUGUCAUUUUCAACGUGUGGGGAUCCACUGAGGUUCAAUGGUGGGCCAAGAGCAAAGCAUCAAUGCAACAAGACCCAAAUAACAAAAAGAUGUCAAAAUCAUCGAAAGCGCCAUCAACACCAAGCAUUGAUAGCAUCGAUAUGGCCUAA